AUGAGCAAGACCAUGGUCCCUGCCACGGAGGCCGACACGGCACGCGUCCAGCGGCACCUGGCUCGCAUGCCGUUCGUCGGGGCACAGUUUGCGCCGCACUUCCGCGCCGUAUCGGCCAUGCCCAUGCCUCCUCUCAACCAGCGCGGUGGCCGCGAUGCUGAGGGAUGGACAGCAGUGUACGAAGCCAUUGUUCAGCCGGAGUGGAUCAACGGCCGAGGCGGCAUGCACGGCGCUGCGGCAUGCUGGAUCGUUGACAUGAUCACCGGCACGACCCUGUCACGCAUGCGCACCGACACUUGGGGUUUGGGCGGGCCCAGCAUUGCCAUUGAUAUGACCUACUACGACCCAGCGCCAGUGAGGACUGUCGAUGAGCUGCUCGCCUUUCUGUCGCUGACCCUCUCCAGAGGCACGCGACUGCUUAUCACCGCCAGCAUCGAGCGCAUGGGUGGUGCACUGGGGACAGCGCGGUGUGUAAUUGCCAACGCAGAGACGGGCAAGAACAUUGCUGCCGGUCUGCACACGACUAUGACCCCUGCUUCGGCGACGCGUGCAGCACAGGCGAAGAAGGUCCAGGCCAAGCUGUAG